AUGUCCCGCCGAUCAGACGAAAAUCUGCGUGUGUCUUCCACCACAGCACAUCUCAGUCGUUUUCUCCAGGAUACACGUCUCUCCGACGAGCCCAUGGCAUUCCACUCGGCGCCGAAAAAAGAGAGCCUACGUUAUACGCAUUCGCCCGAUUCGAGCGGUGGAGACUCCAUACCUGCGAAAGAUCCCAUUGGCAACGCUAUUGGAGAUCCGAUUGCUGCCGCUGUUGAAGAUCCUGGCGCUUCUAAGCCCGCUGUUUCUGACCUUUCCAGUUUUAGCCGUCCCAGUCCCAUCUUGAACCGGCCCGCUACUGAAGAAUCGCCUGUUCUGUAUCUGAUGGCGUCCACGCCUCAACUUGAUCUCGACGUGGCCGAGGAAACCCAUGACAACAAGUACCACAAAUUGCUCCGAUAUAUGCCCAACGCUGAUUUCCACGCCGACGCCAGCAGCAUUGCGGGACCUUCAGUACCAAACACAUUCAAACACAAGUCUCACCCGAACGCGCAGACCAAGGACCGCAUAGGCUUGGCCAGAACGAUAGAAAUGUCGCCAGACAGGGCUUCUGUUGCGAAAGACGUUUCGCAAACCUCUAAGGAGUCGGCCCUGCCGUUAUCCUCUUUAGAAAGAGAAUCAGCACACAACCUGACCUUUUCGCCUCGGAGUCUGCCUGGAACUGUGUCUAAGGCUUCGGAGCCUCCAAUGGGGAACCGGGGUAGAAAUGGAGAUCCUCGCCUGCAAAACUCGUUGCGCCGAGAGACCUCGCCAAUUAAGACAUCCACCGUAAAAGGACUCAAUAUCUCGCAGGAUGAUGCUACUCCAAGCUGGAUGCCACCCGCGUUGAACGAAAAGUGGGAAGGCAACUUCUCGCGCCAAAAUUUAAGCCCACGUCCUGACCUGGCUGCUCUUGACUUUCUUGACGGAGAAAGUAAUACCUUCGUCCACAAUCCGCCCACUUCAACCAACCACAAGGUGACAACCCCAGACUGGAAACGUGUUUCAGAGGAGUACAAAUCCAAACUAGUCUAUGACGGCUCUCCCCUACAAGACAUUUUCCAAGCUCUGGAUGAUUCCAAACAUACUACUGCUGCGUCAAGGCAAAACUCUAAAACGGGCAAUUCGCUUGUCACUCUGGCCUCAAAUAUCUCUACUCCUGUCGCAUCAAAAGACACAGAUGUUCAUUUGACCCAGCAGCAAAUUAAUCAAUUGGAGGAUAUGCUCGAAAAGGCAAAAGACGAGCCUGACGAUUAUCAGAUUAAAGGUUCGCCACUCAAGCUUUUUGGUAGCGAUUAUGAUACGUUUACCAAGGCUAUUCUCACAAAGUUUGUGGAGAAGGUACGUUCUAAUGCAACCAGUGCAAGACGGGAACCUUUGCCUGUCCCUAGCCAACUUGAUCCCCCAAAGUUAAAGAUAAAAAACUUUACCCAAUCAAGCGACUACACAAAUAAAGACUUUCUCAAAAAUGCCAAUAGCUUGUUCGCUCAAAUCCAGCGGAACGCCUACAAGUCUGGAAACCUAAUAUCUAAACAAUCUGAAGGUUCGCUUAAUUUUCAUUCGCCGUUAUCUAAUGGUCAUUCUAAUGCAACAUCGACGCCAAAAGCUACGGGGGAACAGCGUCGUGCUUCUUUCGACGAUUAUUCGUCCUUUCUGACUGAUUUUGGCCAGGAAAGCAUCUCCUCAGAUCACAUCGAAAACCAGAAUGACAGAGCAAAUGCAGAGUUUGGCAAUGAGUACACUCCAGAUGAAAAAUCUUAUCUUUCAGAGUCUAUGGAUCAAACCACAGAGUAUCAUGGCAAACAUAGGAGUAAGGAGAGCUCCUACACUUUUGAUGAGUUUUCUGACCUUGAUGAUCUGGAGCAAUAUCGUGGAGCACAAGGAGUCAACCUGAUCCAAUCACCAAAAGUGAGGAAUCGAAAUCCGCUAAUUGAUGAGCAACCGUUCUCCAAAAUAUCUCCAUUUAAUGAUAAAUCUGCUGCUACAGUUCAAUUUCUUUCCAGUAGUCAAGAAAAAAAGGAUAAUACGAUAGAAGAUAUGACUAUGGAUUAUGACAGAACAUUUGACUCUAUUAAACCUCCUAACAUCAAAUGGAAAACAGCAUCACAAUUGAAACUUGUGAACAGAGAUAUAAAUAAGGGAGGUCUGCAGAGGAAAAAUUCAAGUAUGGGAAAGGGUGAAUAUUUGGUUGGAGGCAUUGUGAAGCCAGGCAGCUUUCCUAAGCAGUACGGAAACAUGAUAUUCGAUUCCGAGCAAAAUAAGUGGGUUUCAAAUGAUAAAGAAAACGAUUACCCAGGCUCAUUAGAUUCCAUUGAGGACCUUGAUACAGCUUCAAAUGAGAAUGAACUAUCAGAUGCCAAGAAAUCUCACGAUCUCAGUAUAUUGAAACUGAAUAAUCGUCAAAGCAAAAAAGCCGAUAGAAACCUAGAAGUCUCGUUUCAAGUGCCUAACGAACUGGGAUAUUCUUUAGAAACAAAGGAUAGCUUCAACGUCACGCACUUAUCUGAAUUGAACGAUAUGACAUUCACUCAAUCAAACAAGAUGCUAGUUUCGUUAAUUACUGGAUCUAUGGAUGAAGGCGAGUGGGAGAAAGUCACGUCAAUUGAUUUGUCAAGUAAAAACCUAGAAAGGGUAGAACGGUUGGAAAGAUAUCUCCCAGCUAUCAGGAAAAUUAAUCUUUCUGAUAAUCAUGUUAAGUUUAUUAGUGGUUUACCGGAAUCUUUGCUUGAAUUGAAUGUGUCUCGCAAUGACAUUCUGAACAUCACAUCGUUUGAGAAAUUUCGCGAUCUUCAGAUCUUAAAUUGUUCCUUCAAUGGGCUCUCCAGUCUUAGGGGACUUUCUCAUAAUAUUCAUUUAACUAAGAUUGAUUUGUCUAGCAAUGAUAUCGAGUCUCUUUCCGGGUUGGAGAAUUUGACCAGUGUAAUUUCUUUGAAUUUGUCGCAGAAUAACGUGUCUGGAACCAUUGACUUCACAAAUUUCAGUUUGUCAAAUCUCCAGGAGUUGAACUUGGCUGAAAACAAGAUCACUUCAUUGACAGGAAUUGAGACUUGCCGUAAUUUACGUGUUCUCAACUUGAAUGAAAAUAAGCUAGAACGAAUUCUGUGUCGCGAGAAGCAUCGUCACAUGAAGAAACUUCUUUUAAAGUUUAACAAAUUGAAAGACUUAGAUUUGGUACCAUUUCCUUCGUUGAGAAUUUUGAGGAUCGAUGGUAAUUAUCUUGAAAGUAUCAACGGCUCCAACAAGCUUGAAUUCUUGCAAGAGUUGUCUAUCAAAUGUCAAGCUAAUUCUUCCAUAACGGAAAGGCUUGUUAUGGAUGCAGAAGACGUAAUUAAUUUGGACUUGUCGGGCAAUUCAAUACCUCCGCUGGUUUGGGAAAAACGACCACAUUCUAAUGCUUUCGCAAAUCUCAAUAUUUUGAAUCUCUCUGCAGUGGGUCUUACAAAUAUUCCACCAUCAUUUGGAGAGACAUUUUCUAAUGUGCGGGAAUUGAAUCUCAAUUUCAAUAAAUUGAGCAAUCUCGAAGGCUUAUCCAAUCUCACGAGACUCAAGCGCUUGAAUGUACUCAGCAACAAUAUUGAUAAAGUUGAAAUGAUUUUACGGAGCUUAUCAGGAAGCAGAGAAACGUUGAAGAUACUUGAUAUGCGCUUGAACCUGUUUAAUUUUGAAUUCUAUCCGUACGUGUUCAACCCACAGGAAUUGGAGUAUGCAUUGCAAUCUGGAAGCGAUGUCUUUACUAGCCCGAUACAACUAGAGGCUCAUGAUGACAUUGAGAAUUUUUCAAUCCACUACGAUGCCAUGAAUAAGAGUCAGAAAGAAUGGGAGGCUCGAGAUGCAGAGUUCUUUCAGAAGUUGCGAGCUGAUGGUAAAUUCAAAUCUUUGAACGAGCGGCUCAACUACGAAACGAUUUUGAUUGGUUUUUUUCCACGCUUACGAAUACUAGAUGGAGGAAGUAUAAACCGUGGAAAACGGGAACAAAUGGAGGAAAGAAUCAAAUCUGUGAAAAAGGCUCACUAA